UCGGCGGGUUUUGUGACGCGAGCGCUCGGGAAUGUGGUUCGCCUGUUGCCCCCCGUGCGCAUUGGCAGUCGCUUCAACCAGGGCUGUGUCGGGGGCACCAAAUGCCAGUUUUUCGCCCUCUGUUGGGUUUCGGGCGGCUCGUUGGGGGCUUCGUGUGGUCCACUUCAUACAUGUUGUGUUACUCCCAGUAGUCAAGACAUUCAGCCUCAGUAUUGGGGACCAGUCGUCAACGACCCACACUGUGGGAAGAGUGCCGCGAGAAUCAGUCGAAUCGUUGGAGGAAACGAUGCCUCAUUCGGACAGUUCCCGUGGCAGGCCUUUGUCCAGGUCGGGGGCAGUCGAUGUGGCGGAGCACUUGUUGGACCGGCGCAUGUGGUGACUGCAGGGCAUUGCGUGGCCAGAUCACAGCACAACCCAACCAGCAUUCGUGUCACUCUCGGAGACUAUAUCCUUCACUCUGAGAUUGAAAGCUUACCUCACGAGGUGUUCACUGUUCAAGAAGUGAGACUUCACCCAAACUUCCGAUUCACUCCACAAGCAGAUCGUUAUGAUGUUGCCGUCCUUGUGCUCGACCGACCCGUCCAUUACAAGGACAACAUCAGACCUAUUUGUUUGCCACAAAAAGAUGUUGGCUUUGUAGGUAGAAUGGCGUAUGUGGCCGGUUGGGGGGCCCUCCAGGCAGGUUCAAAGUUGAGGCCAAAAGUGCUACAACACGUACCGGUGCCCAUCAUCGAGAAUGAGAUAUGCGAGGGAUGGCAUCGGCAAAGAGGGAUCAAUAUUAGAAUUUACGAUGAAAUGACGUGUGCGGGCUAUGACCAAGGUGGACGCGAUGCGUGUCAGGGAGACUCCGGAGGCCCGUUAAUGUUGAAUGAUUUUGGUGUCUGGUAUCUCGUGGGUAUAGUGUCGGCUGGUUAUUCAUGUGCCAAACAAUACCAACCGGGUAUUUAUCAUCGAGUGAGCAGUUCUUCCGACUGGAUAUCAGCCAAUGUUUAUCGAAAUAAUUAG